AUGGGCGAGCCGAUGAACGCCGCGCGAGGGUUGGAGCCCGACCCGAUCCCUUCAGACGUACCCGCGACCGCGCCAGUUCGGGGGGAUAUCGAGCGGGGAUAUAAUCGGCCUGAUGGUGUAGAGACGCCUGGUUCGGAUGUGACUGUACACAGAGAUAGAAAGGGGAGUGCUGCGCCUAGUGAACGAGGAGAGAAGUCGAGGACGCGCGGAAAGGGCUUGACGGAGGGAGAUGCGGAUAUGGAGGAUAUACCUAAGAACAACAUGGCGCUUGUAAUGCCUUCAAUAGGUCUUGUGCUGUUCCUCGCGGCGCUGGAUCAGACCAUUGUUGCAACUGCGCUUCCCACAAUAGCGGAAGAGCUGAAUACCACGCCCUCCGAGUAUCAAUGGGUCGGCACUUCUUACCUUCUCGCUGCGCUUCUUCAAGGACCCAUGAACGGCCGAGUGAGCGAUAUAGUGGGGCGGAAGCCAAUGCUCUACGCCGCGAUCGUCAUCUUCACGGUAUCAUCAGCGCUCUGCGGCGCUGCCAAGACCGCAUCUUGGCUCAUCAUCGCUCGAGCAUUCCAAGGUCUAGGUGGGGGGGCUAUCAUUGGUCUGACUAUCGUCACUUCUGAUAUCACCCCUUUACACAAGCGAGGAUGGUACCAAGGUCUCCUUGGACUAGCUUGGAGCGUCGCCUCGGUACUCGGACCCAUCUUGGGCGGUAUCUUGACCCAAAAAGCAAACUGGAGAUGGUGCUUCUAUAUCAACCUCCCAACAUGCGCUAUAGCCCUCGUCGGCCUGUUCUUCACCCUCAAACUAAACAAAACGAAAGCCUCGACGUUCCGUCAGCUUCUGCAGACAGCGCUGGUCAUGGCAGGAGGAGCACUCCUCGUCGUCGGCUUUGCAUUUGCGGCGGACCAUGGUUUCUCCGAGCCUUCAUCUUAUGGCUGUAUCGCGGCUGGAUGCGGGGUUAUGGUACUUGCUAUCUUGAACUGCUUAUUUACGAAGCGGAACGCCAUCAUUCCUGCUCGUAUGUUCUCGAACCGCACGACAUUGUUCUUCCUUAUCGGCUCGCUACUCCAAGCUACCGCCUUCAUACCGAUCAACUUCAUCCUUCCGCAACUCUUCCAGGGCGUCACUGGCGCCGAUACGCUCACGUCCGGUCUCAUGCUGUUGCCUUUUGCAUUGAGCGUCUCCGUCUGCUCCACUAUUGGCGGCUUUGUCAACUCGAAAUUCCGAAUCGUCCGGCCCGUCGCAUGGUUCGGCUACGCAUUCGGCGGACUAGGCUACGCCCUCUUCUACGCCUUCUUCACCUACCCUAUUCCUCUCGCUACGCAAGAAGGCCUGCAAGUCAUAACGGGCGUGGGAAUCGGCUUUUCCAUCGUCGUCCCCUUGAUCGUACUGCAGUCGGCGAUGCCACUGAAGGAGAUGGCGGCUACGACGGGAGCGUGGAGCGUCACGCGAACGAUUGGGGGAUCAGUCGGUCUGGCAGUGUUUACUGCUAUUCUCAAUACAGGCAUCCGGACACGAUUCGAAGGGAUCCCGGGAUACGGGACGGACUUUGUCCUGCCUCAGUCGGUGGAGGGGUAUGCGCAGCUGCAUAAUCUACCAGAGGGGCCAGUGAAGGAGGCGGUCUUGACUGCGUUUGCGGAUUCUUUGCGGACAUGCUGGAUCGCGGCUGCAGCCAUGAUGUUCGCCGCGCUGCUUAUCACGCUUCCGACUAGGUCAUACUCCACGUCUCGGACGGGCGGGACAGGCGGGGUCAAGCCGGAAAAAACGGCCGAUGAGAAGGCGGCAGAGGGGAUAGAGGAACAUGAUGAGAAGGUCAUACUGGGCGAUGAUGACGAGGCAGAGAGGGAGAGAGGGAGAAGUAGGGGUAUGGGGCAAGGAGAGAAGGGGUUGGGGACACAAUCGAGUACUCCGAGCGAUAGGACGGUGGUGGGUAAAGCCGAGGUGCUGGGGGGUCCGGAUAAGGAAUGA